AUGGAGGCCCCCAGUGAUCCUUACUCCUAUGCAUACUGCCCCCGACACCAGGCCAUUUUUGCUGGCUAUAAGCAAGAUCUCCGGAACCAGAGAGAGCACACAUCUCUUCUUAAAAUUGAAAGUGUUUAUGCUCCAGAUGAAACUGAAUUCUACUUGGGCAAGAGAUGUGCUCAUGUGUAUAAAGCAAAAAACAGGACAGUGACACCUGGAGGCAAACCAAACAAAACCAGAGUGAUCUGGGGAAAAGUAACUCGGGCCCAUGGAAACAGUGGCAUGGUUCCUGCCGAAUUCCGAAGCAAACUUCCUGCAAAGGCCAUUGGACACAGAAUCAGUGUGAUUCUGUACCCUUCCCGGAUGCUGGGUGGUGGUGGGAGAAAAAGCCGCAGUGCCGUUGGAAAGGCUGCUUGGGAAGUUAAACUUAAAACCGAAGGCCAGGCAGCUGGCACAGGUUCCAAGGCAUGGGUCCUGAAGGCUGGAAGCCUCAGUCGCUGCCGCCGCCGAAACAAUAUCUGCUUCUCCCCCUGGGCUCCCGGACAAGGAAUUCGGAGACGCUGA